GACUCUGCACCGUGUACGCAUGCGCAGUGUAGUCCUUAACGCACUGACUCACGGCUAGUUACGCAGCUACGAAAACAUUAGGAGGCCGUAACGAGCAGGAACCGACCCAGACGAGCGGCACCACACAGAACCGACCCAGGAGUUGAACUUGGUAUCUACACGGCGGAAAGAUGAAUGUUUUCGACCGCAACAUCAACUUUGACGCCCUUUUCAAGUUCUCCCAGAUUUCCCGCUCCACUCAGCAGCACCUGAAGAAUGUGUACGCCAGUUUGUCCAUGUGCAUGUUCGUGGCAGCGGCCGGAGCGUAUGUCCACGUUGUCACACGCCUCUUUCAGGGUGGGCUGCUGUCCGUGUUGGGUUCCCUAGCGAUGAUGGUGUGGCUCUCAAUGACUCCACACAGCCCUGAGACAGAGAAGAAGAGACUUGCUAUUCUCUCUGGAUUCGCCUUCCUCACAGGUGUGGGACUUGGACCUGCCAUGGAUUACGUCAUCAGCAUCAACCCAAGCAUCAUCGUUACAGCGUUUCUUGGCACCUCAGUCAUUUUCGUCUGUUUCACUCUGAGUGCUCUUUAUGCUCAGCGCAGGAGUUACCUGUUCCUCGGAGGUACUCUGAUGUCUGGCCUGUCCAUCCUGCUCCUGGUUUCUGUCCUCAACAUGUUCAUCGGCUCGGUUGCUCUCUUCAAGGCUCACAUGUAUAUCGCUCUGGUCAUCAUGUGUGGGUUUGUGCUGUUUGACACUCAGCUGAUCAUCGAGAAGGCAGAGAUGGGAGAUAAAGACUACAUCUGGCAUUGUGUGGAUCUGUUCCUGGACUUUGUUACCAUCUUCAGAAAGCUCAUGGUCCUGCUGGCUAUGAAUGAGAAGGAUAAAAAGAAAGAGAAGAAAUAAACACUCGUUUGGCCAAAAACUGAAAAAAUCUGUGAUCUGCAGUUUUUUGCGUCACACGUUGAUCUAACAUUAAUUACCAAUUGAAUUCUUCUGAUUUUGUACUCCAGUGUCUUAAUUUUAUUUUAGUUUUUGAAGGUUCUAAUGUCCAGGUGGUGCAGUAACCCGGGGUAAUAUAAAAUACUUAAACAUGCCCUAUUAUUAUUAUUAUUAUUAUGAUUAUUAUUAUUAUGAUUAUUAUUAUGAUUUUGAAAUGAAUGAGUUUUAUUUGGACAGCUGAAAUGUGAUACUGGACAUAAACCUGAAUAAAGACUAAGAGUAGAUGAGUUGGUUUUUGUAAAUAGAGUUAGAGAUUUGACGAGACUUUAGCUCCGAAUUAUUGAUAGGAUUACCCCCUUGUCAUUUCUACAAGGUCUUUGCCAAUUGAAUCAUAUUUCUCACAAGAUUAGAAGUUGAGAAAUAUUAUUUGUAUCUUGACCCUGCCAAUAUGAAGGUACACUUUCUCUUUCUUGCGUUUAAUCUUUAUUCAUUAGAGCUGCUGUACAUGCCAAUAGUCUAAUAUGAAUAAUUGAUUGGGUCGUUAGUGAUGACGGGGGCGGAGUUAGAGCUACUGAUCAGGGUUUAUGUUAAUGACUUUUCCUUUCUCUAAUCAUCCCUCCUUACUGCCAAUUCUUUUGCCAUAUUUUCAGAAAAGAAACAAUAAACUGUGAUUGAACAUA